UGAGAGAUAGGAUGGUAGCUGGGGAGGCGAGUAUGCGCAGCCCACUCCUGGCCUGCUGGCAGCCGAUUCUCCUUCUGAUGCUGGGAUCCAUCCUGUCCGGCUCUGCCACGGGCUGCCCGCCACGCUGCGAGUGCUCUGCCCAGGAGCGCGCUGUCCUGUGCCACAGGAAGAGGUUCAUGGUCGUGCCGGAGGGGAUCCCCACCGAGACCAGGCUGCUGGACUUGGGCAAGAACCGCAUCAAGACGCUCAACCAGGAUGAAUUUGCCAACUACCCUCACCUGGAGGAGCUGGAGCUAAAUGAGAACAUUAUCAGUGCCAUUGAACCUGGGGCUUUCAACAACCUCUUCAACCUCAGGACGCUGGGGCUCAGGAGUAACAGGCUCAAGCUGAUCCCCUUGGGGGUGUUUACUGGACUCAGCAACCUUACCAAGCUAGACAUUAGUGAGAAUAAAAUUGUGAUCCUUCUAGACUACAUGUUCCAGGACUUGUACAACCUCAAGUCUUUGGAAGUGGGGGACAACGACCUUGUCUACAUCUCCCACCGGGCCUUCAGCGGCCUCAACAGCCUGGAGCAGCUGACCCUGGAGAAAUGCAACCUGACCUCCAUCCCCACGGAGGCCCUGUCUCACCUUCAUGGCUUGAUCGUGCUGCGCCUGCGCCAUCUGAACAUCAACACCAUCCGGGAUUACUCAUUCAAAAGGCUGUACCGGCUCAAGGUCCUAGAGAUCUCACACUGGCCCUACCUAGAUACCAUGACAUCCAACUGCCUCUAUGGGUUGAACUUGACCUCCUUGUCCAUCACCCACUGCAACCUGACGUCCAUCCCGUACGUGUCAGUGAGGCACUUGGUUUACCUCCGGUUCCUGAACCUAUCCUACAACCCCAUUGUCACCAUUGAGGGCUCCAUGCUCCAUGACCUGCUCAGGCUGCAGGAGAUCCAGCUGGUGGGAGGGCAGCUCACCAUGGUCGAGCCCUUUGCCUUCCGCGGCCUCAACUACCUGCGCAUCCUAAACGUGUCAGGAAAUUUGCUGACCACCCUGGAGGAGUCAGCCUUCCACUCCGUGGGCAACCUGGAGACGCUCAUCCUCGACAACAACCCCUUAGCCUGCGACUGCCGCUUGCUCUGGGUUUUCCGUCGGCGAUGGAGGUUGAACUUCAACAAGCAGCAGCCCACUUGCUCCACCCCCGAGUUUGUCCAGGGCAAGGAGUUCAAAGACUUCCCCGAUGUCCUCCUGCCCAACUACUUCACCUGCCGCCGAGCACGGAUACGGGACCGCAAACCUCAGCAGAUCUUUGUGGACGAAGGCCACACAGUCCACUUCGUGUGCCGGGCAGAUGGGGACCCGCCCCCCACCAUCAUGUGGCUGUCUCCCCGCAAGCACCUCAUCUCUACCAAAACCAACGGGCGGCUCACUGUCUUCCCUGACGGCACGCUGGAGGUGCGCUACGCCCAGAUCCAGGACAAUGGCACCUACCUAUGCAUCGCCAGCAACGCAGGUGGCAACGACACCAUGCUGGCCCACCUGCACGUGCGCAGCUACUCCCCAGACUGGCCCCACCAGCCCAACAAGACCUUCGCGUUCAUCUCCAACCAGCCCAACGAGAGCGAUGCCAACAGCACGCGCGCCACCGUGCCUUUCCCCUUUGACAUCAAGACUCUCAUCAUCGCCACCACCAUGGGCUUCAUUUCCUUCCUGGGCGUCGUGCUCUUCUGUCUGGUGCUCCUCUUCCUGUGGAGCCGGGGGAAAGGCAACACCAAGCACAACAUUGAGAUCGAGUACGUGCCACGGAAGUCCGACGCGGGCAUCAGCUCUGCCGACGCGCCGCGCAAGUUCAACAUGAAAAUGAUUUAAACCAGGCAACAAUUUGCAAAUAAUAAUGGUGGGUUGGUUGUUCUGUUUUUGGUUUGGUUUUGUUUUUUUUUUUAAAAAAGAGAACAAAUGAACAAAAUAAAAAAUAAUUUAACAACAAACAUUGCUACAAACAUACCGACCUCUCUCCUUCCACCACGUCCUCCGCCCCUGUCCAAACCCACUGCAUCUGCACUGUCACCACCUCUUCCUCCUCCUCUUCUUCUUUAUACCAGGAAAAACAUUCAGCCGAUGUCUUCAGGACUCCUGUGUUUGUAAGGACUUUGUCUGAUGGACUCUGGUGUCAGAUAUAACUCUGAAAGGGAAAAACAACAGAGGGGGGGGAAAGAAAGGAAAAAAAAAAAAGAAAUAAAAUCAAUAAAAAGUUA